GAGAUUCUCAUUUCUCCGGCUUCUCCAUGUCAAGCCAUUCUAGUUUCUCAAGUUCCUUUUACGCUUCGUUCCAAGUUUUGUUCUCAGAAUUCUGUUUGCGGCCAACUCGAUUGAUGAUGACGUUAUGUUUGAAAUCCGUAUCUCGGCUUCAUCAGUGCUUCAUCUCAAUUCAUCUCCAUCGUAUCUCAGUCCUCUAUAGUAUUUCGGUGCUAGUGCAAGCACAUCCAUACUGAGAGUCAUCUGAAUUCGAAGGCGCAGUCGGACUGACAGUGCUGCUGCAAGUAAGGCCGCACAAUGACGCCUUCAAAGUCGGCAGUAUCGGCCAACGAGAAUUUGACUGGAGAACCAUUUUGGCUUGAAGCUAUCAAACAUCAGGGAACUUCCCCAUUCAAUCCUGAUCCAGCAUCGUACCAGGUGUUUCGCAACGUCAAGGAUUUUGGAGCCGUGGGCGACGGGAAACACGACGAUUCACGAGCUAUCAAUCGGGCUAUUUCUCACGGUAAACGGUGUGGAGGAGGAAAAUGCAGAUCUUCCACCACCACGCGUGCCAUCGUUUACUUUCCGGCGGGGACAUAUCUAGUCUCAAAAUCAAUUAUAUCCUACUACGCUACUCAGCUCAUCGGUGACCCCAAAAAUCCGCCAACGUUGUUAGCUUCAAACUCUUUCAACGACAUGGCUGUUAUUGAUGUCAACCCUUACAUUCCUGGGGGGAAUGGUGCUCAAUGGUACACGCCCACAAACAACUUUUUCCGUUCUGUGAGAAACUUCGUAAUCGAUGUUACACAAGUACCCGCCGAAAAGUCUCAAGGUACGGGUAUACAUUGGCAAGUAGGGCAAGCCACAUCACUUUUCAACAUCAAAUUUGUGAUGUCUUCCGCUCCCAACACGGCUCAUCAAGGCAUCUGGAUGGAGAAUGGAAGUGGUGGCCUUAUGUCGGAUCUUGAGUUCAACGGAGGAAAAUACGGGAUGUGGGUAGGGAACCAACAAUUCACCGUUCGAAACGUCGUCUUCAAUGGAGUCAACACCGCCAUCUUUGCUAUUUGGAACUGGGGGUGGACAUUCCAAGGCGUGACUAUCAACAAUUGCCAAGUUGGGUUUGAUCUAUUAACUGGGGGGAAGAGUUUGGACACUCAGACUGUGGGUGCCGAAGUGAUCAUAGAUGCCAAGGUCAGAGCGACGGGAACCUUUGUACGCUCGUCUGUUGCUAGUAACGGAUCCCUCACCGGAUCUUUGGUCCUGCAAAAUAUCCAGCUAUCUAACGUUCCUGUUGCUGUCGGUACUGGGGACGGGGCUAUUGUUCUUCCAGGAGCUCACCUUGGGAUCCGUACCAUUCAGUCUUGGGGUCAAGGCAACGUCUAUACCGGCUCAAAUUCAAGUGGGAGGUUCAUUCAAGGGGUUAUCGAAGCCCCUUCUAUGCCUGCUUCUCUCCUUGACCGAGAUGGAAAAGUGAUUGGACGCGUGCAUCCGCAGUAUGAAGACAUCCCGGUGAACAAGUUCGUCAGCGUCAAGGAUCACGGCGCGAAAGGUGAUGGAAGGACCAAUGAUACAUUGGCAAUUCAAUCAGUGUUGAAUAAAUAUUACGAUAGUAAGGUUAUCUUCUUCGACGCCGGCGUGUACAUCAUCACUUCCACGGUCACUAUCCCCGCGGGUUGCCGUAUGGUUGGCGAGGCUUGGUCCGAAAUUUCAGGAAAGGGCGAUUACUUCAAGGACGUCAAAAACCCAAAGGUAAUGGUACGCGUUGGCCAGCCAGGUUCUCGGGGAUCUGUUGAAAUCACCGAUAUCGUGUUUAGUACUACCGGCCCAGCUCCUGGCGCUAUUGUACUUGAAUGGAAUGUUCGUGGCUACGACAAUAACCUUGCAGGUCCGGGCAUGUGGGAUAGCCAUAUCAUCCUUGGAGGAUCUGAGGGAUCUGGUAUGGAUUCAGCACAUUGUCCAGAGGGAAGUGAAGCUAUUUCAUGUUCGCCGGCUUUUCUGGGAUUGCAUUUGACAUCGGAGGCUACGGCUGUUCUGGAGGGAACUUGGGUUUGGCUCGCGGAUCACGAUCUUGACAAGGAGGGUGAGGCCCGGGUGACUCUCUUCUCUAGCCGAGGCAUUUUAUCGGAAUCUCGCGGUCCUGUUUGGAUGGUGGGAACAGGUUCUGAACACCACUCUCUGUAUCAAUACAAUCUUGUGAAUGCAAGCAACCAUUAUUUAGGAUUAAUCCAAACGGAAACCCCAUACUAUCAGCCAGUUCCUCCAGCUCCUGGUCCAUUCGGUAUCCAUGUUAACUACAACGACCCCAUAUUCCGUUCUGACAUCACUAGCGCUUGGGGUCUACGCAUCGAGUCAUCAAAUAACAUUUUUAUUUUCGGUGCCGGGUUAUACAGUUUUUUCAACAACUACUCGCAGUCCUGCCUCACAACCGUUUCAUGUCAACCCCAGAUCGCAGACAUUUCAUCAGACAGCGAAGUGUACAUUUCUUCGUUGUCCACUGUUGGGGCGACGUAUCAAGUUAGCGUUGACCAAACGCCAGUUGUCCAUCACGGUGGCAAUGCAAACGGGUUUGCACAAACGGUGACCUAUUGGAGCUCGAAUUAAAUAGUCCCAAAAGCAUGUAUCGUUUUCGCUACUACUCUUCUUGUUGUCAGCUCAAUGUUCAUCCUGAAAAACAAUAACACAUCGACUCGGAA